ACCGGGGGCGCCAUAUUGGAGUUUAACUAUUGUUAUAAAUAGAGACGGGGCUGCUGCUGGCUGAGUUUACAUGUUUUCUACAAGUUUGUUCUGAUUAUCCAAAGAAAUUUCAGUGGAGGGUCAUGAAAGAAAUGUCAGCGGCCAGUGUCAGUACGCUUAGUGGGCAGCAGCAGCCUCAGAAACACUAUGGCAUCACCUCCUCCAUCAGCCUGGCUUUUCCCAGGGAGAUUGAUCAUAUGUACACUCAAAAACUCAUUGAGGCAAUGAAGCCUUUUGGAGUGUUUGAGGAUGAAGAUGAGUUGAACCACAGAUUGGCCGUUCUUGGAAAACUAAAUUCAAUUGUGAAGGAGUGGAUUUCUGAGAUAAGUGAUAUCAAGAACCUCCCACCCUCAGCAGUCGCUAAUGUUGGAGGCAAAAUCUUCACAUUUGGCUCAUAUAGGCUGGGUGUUCACACCAAAGGGGCUGAUAUUGACGCUUUGUGUGUGGCGCCCCGGCAUGUGGAACGGACCGACUUCUUCCUGUCCUUCUUCGAGAAGCUCAAACAGCUAGAGGAGAUUAAAGAUUUACGGGCUGUAGAAGAUGCCUUUGUGCCGGUUAUCAAAUUCAACUUCGAUGGCAUUGAGAUUGAUCUUCUGUUUGCUAGGCUUGCACUUCCAUCCAUCCCAGACAACCUGGACCUGAGAGGGGACUCCCUACUGAGGAAUCUUGACAUCAGAUGCAUUCGCAGUCUGAAUGGUUGCCGUGUCACUGAUGAGAUAUUGUAUUUGGUGCCGAACAAGGAGAACUUCAGGUUGACAUUAAGAGCCAUCAAAUUAUGGGCCAAGCGUCGCGGCAUCUACUCCAACAUGCUGGGUUUCCUUGGAGGUGUGUCGUGGGCAAUGCUCGUGGCUAGGACCUGCCAGCUCUAUCCUAAUGCUGUAGCAGCCACGCUGGUCCACAAGUUCUUCCUGGUCUUCUCCAAGUGGGAAUGGCCAAAUCCGGUGCUUUUAAAACAGCCUGAAGACAGCAACUUGAAUCUACCUGUGUGGGACCCUCGAGUGAACCCCUCAGACAGGUACCAUCUGAUGCCCAUCAUCACCCCUGCGUACCCACACCAGAACUCCACCUACAACGUGUCCACCUCCACACGCACAAUCAUGAGCGAGGAGUUCAAAAAUGGUUUGACUGUGACAGAUGAAAUCCUAUUGGGUAAAGCAGAAUGGUCAAAGCUCUUUGAGCCUCCCAACUUCUUCCAGAAGUACAAGCAUUACAUAGUGCUUACAGCCAGUGCAUCUACAGAAGAUAAUCAUCUUGAAUGGAUUGGACUUGUGGAGUCCAAAAUCCGCGUGCUUGUGGGAAAUUUGGAGCGGAACGAGUACAUUGUUCUGGCCCACGUGAACCCCCAGUCCUUCCCAGGCUCCAAGGAGAGCCGCAUCGAGAAUGAUUAUGUCUCCAUGUGGUUCAUCGGCAUCAGUUUCAAGAAGAUGGAAAGCUCUGAGAGCGUAAACAUUGACCUCACUUACGACAUCCAGUCCUUUACAGAUACCGUCUACCGCCAGGCCAACAACAUCAACAUGCUUAAGGAUGGUAUGAAGAUCGAGGCGACCCAUGUGAAGAGGAAGCAGCUCCACCAGUACCUGCCUCCUGACGUGCUGCAGCGCAAGAGAAAGAGUAUGGGUGACCCCAACCGCAGCUCCACCGGAGGGGACUCCAAACGCUGCUCCAUGGACGGCAGCCAGCUGGACAGCUCCAGAGACACGGACACGGGGACCCCCUUCAGCUCGCCCACCCCCGUGUGCAUGCCCUUCAAGGCAGAGGUGGAUGCUGAGAGUGUCACGCCCUCCAAACCUCCGGUCCCUCUCUUUGUGGAGAGCUCUCCCCCCUCGGAGGCUGAGCAGGGCAUGUCCAUUCCGGUCAUCGGCUCCAAGCCCGCAGCCUCCCCGGCAGCCAAGCCCCCCAGCCCGACCCCAGCUGGAAGCACCAUCCCCACGGUGGUGGGCCGCAGUGUCAUCCCACGCGCGUCCAGUAACAGCCCCACAGAGCUGCCCAACGGGGCCGGCCCAGCGCCCCCAAAGAGACCCCACUCUCCAACACUAGAGGAGCCCCUCAAGAGGAGUAACACAGACAUGGGGUUUGCAGCGCCCCCUGCUGGAAGCACCAUUCCCACUGUGGUGGGGUGCAGCGUCAUCCCCUGCCAGGGCUCCCCCACCGGCAGCCCUGCUGACGACCUGCCCAACGGACUGAAUGGAUCGGCCAGCAAGAGACCCCACUCCCCCAGCCUGGAGGAGGCCACCAAGAGGAGCAAAGAAACAGAGGAGCUGGUGUUCUCUGAUGACUCUGCGUUUAAGGAGCCUCUUCCCCCAGCCAGCAAUGGCCAGGAGAAAGGAGAUGGGCCUGGCAUGGACGGCCAUGGUGGCACAAAGCCCAUGCCCAUACCCACCAUCGACACGUCACGAACACAGAGACUACCCAGCAAGGAGCUGCCAGACGCCUCAUCCCCCAUCCCCACCAGCAACCUCCGCGUGGUCAAAAACUCCAUCAGACUCACCCUCAACCGAUAGCAGUGGGGCAGCACAGGUAACUCUGAUUAGACGUGACUGCUUGUAGGUGGUGCGUUAAAGAAUUAAUUUUCUUUAUUUUUGUUCUCUUAAUUUUAAAAAAGAAAUGCACAUAAAAAGAAACAUAAAAAAAAAUCGGAAAAGAAAAAAAAUAGUUUGGAGGCCACACUGAGUGGGUCUCCAGGAGCAAGACUACUGUUAUACGUGUGAGGUUCUGCUUUUUAACCUUCCUCUCGCUCCCUGAAAAAUGCAAUUGUUACAAUGACAAGAGGAAAAAGAACCAACCGAAAUCUUUGUUCUAUUAGUGUUUUUCAUGGGUUUAUUGUUUUGUUUUUCUUUCUUCCUUAUAUUUUUCAAGCUAGGUUCCCCCCUCCAUAUUGUCUAUUUUUUUAUCGCCUUAAUGUGUCAAAUGCUUGCUGAGUCCAUGUACGGCAGCGUGUUUUUGAAAUCAGACUUGUACAUUAGGUAGCUUAUGUAUAUAACAUGUCUU